AUGUUUUGUGAGCUAAAAUGUCUCUCUCUGAUUCUUUUUCUGUUUCAUUCUGUUUCUCUCUGUCUCAGUCUCCCUUUUUCUCUCUCUCUCUGUCUCAUUCUCUCUUUCUCUCUUUCUCUGUCUCCGUCUCUCUGUUCCACUAUCUCUCCGUCUCUCUUUCCCCAUGACCGUCUCUCUUUCUCUCUUUCUCUUUGUCCCCGUCUCUCUGUUCCUCUCUUUCUGUCUCCGUCUCUCUGUUCCUCUCUCGCUGUCUCCGCCUCUCUUUCUCUCUCUCUCACUCUGUCUCCCUCUCUCUGUUCCCCUCUCUUUCCGUCUCAAUCUAUUUCUCUUUCCGUGACCGCCUCUCUUUAUCUCUCACUCUCUUUGUCUCCUUCUCUCUGUUCCUCUCUUUCUGUCUCCACCUCUCUUUCUCUAUCUCUGUCCCCGUCUCUCUUUUUCUCUCGCUUUCUCCGUCUGUCUGUCUUUCUCACUCUGUCUGUCUCUCUCUCUCCCUGUCUGUCUGUCUUUCUCUCUCUGUCUCUUUCUCUCUCCGUCUGUCUGUCUGUCUUUCUCUGUCUCUUUCUCUCUCCGUCUGUCUUUCUCUGUCUGUCUGUCUUUCUCUCUGUCUCACGGCUUAUCUUUUUUUAUGCUACUGAUGUUUGCUGUCAUCUAUCUAUCUAUCUAUCUAUCUAUCUAUCUAUCUAUCUAUCUAUCUUCAUUUAUUUAUUUAUUUAUUAA